UCUCUCUGUUCUCUCUCGCCACCGGCCCCGAUCUCGGCGAUGCCGCCUCUCACGACCCCCAAGUCCGGUGAUGCCCUCUUCGCCAGCGUCGAGCGCAUAAAUGCGGAGCUCUUCACGCUCACGUAUGGCACCAUCGUGCGGCAGCUGCUCACGGAUCUCGAAGAGGUCGAGGAGGUCAACAAGCAGCUCGAUCAGAUGGGUUACAAUAUUGGAACUCGGUUGGUCGAUGAAUUCUUAGCCAAGUCAAAUGUAUCAAACUGUGCUGACUUCAAGGAGACUGCUGAUACUAUAGCAAAGGUUUCCGUGAAGACGGAGGUUACAUGGGUCCGUGAUAUGCUUCGCGGUGAUGAUGCCUACGAGAUGCGGGUGAAGCUCACCAAGCAAGUCCCGGAGGAAUACCCCUACAAGGAUGAUGACUAGUUUCAUCUCAAGGGGUAGCUCUUCCGCACGGUGGCGCUUGUUGCGCUUGUUUGCUUGUCUGGAUAUCUGUUUUGCUUUCCCUGUGGGUGUAAUUCUGGUACAACCGUCAUGUUUUACAUGAGGCACCUGUGCAUUGUAUUUUGCAGCUGCACUGUGUACCGCAGAUGUAUUGUAGAGAUCUUGUAUGGUUUUCCUGCUUUGGAACAGUGCCUGGGAAUGAAGUGCUUUUACUCUGAUUA